AUGUUGGUGAAAGAGGAAAAAGAAAUAGUAAUAAGCGUACCUUUAAUGGUAGCGGCAGUUGCACUUCUUUUGACCCAUCCCGCCCUGAAGGAAAAUAAUAUUUUCUGCUACUCAGGUGGAGGCGCUACAGACUUUCGUUUGAAAAAUAGCACAGAUAUUGAAGGUCUCAAAUCAAGAAUUGUUGUUGCUGGUGCCGGCGGCGGUGUAAUCCUUGAUAGUUAUAUUGAGGGUUCUAACAACAAUCCAACUAAUGGAAAAGGGGGUCCCGGAGGAAAUCUCAAUGGUGGUGCUGGAAGUUUUUCUCACCAUGGAGAAGUGAGCUCCACUUAUAUCCCUGCCACAGGAGGAAGCCAGACUAGAGGCGGUAAAACAGGAAUUUCCGAUUAUGAAAAUUUUGAAAACGGUCAAGAUGGAAUGUUUGGAAUGGGAGGUAAUAGCGCAUUAACUCCUCAUGGUAUUUCUGGAGGAGGCUCUGGCUACUUUGGAGGUGGUGGAGGAUCUGUUUCAUUUGAUAGACAUGGAACUGGCGGUGGAGGCUCUUCGUAUGUGUCUGGUUGCAAUGGUUGUAUUAGUGUUUCGAAAUAUUAUUCAUUAGAAAACAAUAACUCGUUCAUUGGUACUGUUCACUACUCAGGACUUGAAUUCACCAGUAUUCAAAUGCUUUCUGGUGAUGAAAAACUUCCAAAGUUUACAUCAUCGAAAAUUAAUCAUUAUGUUGGUUUUGAACAAGGUCAUUUAGGUGAUGGUGCAUUUAAGAUUACUAUUCUUGCACCCAUUAAUAUCUGUUCAUGUAAUAUGAUUAUAUAUUCACGAUUUUUCUCUAUCGGCUUACUAGGCCUUGUAGUUUCUUAA